AUGGGCCUCAUCCCUCAAAUUAUUGACUUGCAGCAACCUGGUGCUUGGAAAGCUGUUGUCGUCUUGGUGUUCUCAUUGCUUGUAUUUGGAGCAUGGGCUUUCUACAUCUUCCUAUACCUUGUCGCUCCAAUUCCUCGAGCUCCCCUUGCCUCAGAGAAGAAAUAUAGGAUAGUUGAGUCAGAUGGCAAUAUCUCACCUUAUGAAGACUUGCCAUGUUGGAAAGAUAGACAUGAUGCGGAGAAGAAGGCCAGAAAGCACCCAGCAGAGACAGACCACCCAUUGAAGCCGCCUCCAAUCGCGAAAGCAGACAUUUUCAUGUCGCUUGUAGUCCCCGCUUUUAAUGAAGAAGAGAGAUUGGGUAUUAUGCUGACGGAAGCCGUCGAUUACCUGGAGCAAGAGUACGGGCAGUCUAAACCGCCAAAGGGACAGGCGAACGGCGGUCUGAAGCAGCGUAAGGGUGGUGAAGAGACGAGUAAUGGACACGUUGCCUCCAGCCAUGCAACAACGAAGGGAUGGGAGAUUCUUGUUGUAUCGGACGGCUCGACAGACCGGACCAUCGAUACCGCUCUGGAUUUCGCCAAAAGCUUGAAAGGAACAGCAGCAUCAAACAUACGUGUCAUCAAAUUGCACGAGAAUAGAGGAAAAGGAGGUGCGGUCAUCCACGGAAUGAGGCAUAUAAGAGGCGAAUAUGCAAUCUUCGCAGACGCAGACGGUGCGAGCAAGUUCGAGGACCUGGGUAAGCUUGUGCGGGAGGCCAAGAAGUUCGAGGACGCUGAAGGCCGCUCGGUCGCUGUGGGCUCAAGAGCUCAUCUCGUUGGAAGUGAAGCUGUCGUCAAGCGAUCUUUCCUACGCAAUCUUCUCAUGCACUCGUUCCAUCUACUCAUCCGGCUACUCACUCCACCAGCCACCGGCGCAGUCAAAGACACCCAAUGCGGCUUCAAACUUUUCUCGAGAGCCUCACUGUCAUAUAUCGUCCCUCAUAUGCACUCAGAAGGCUGGAUAUUUGACAUUGAGAUGCUCAUGCUUGCAGAGUCCGCUAGCAUACCGGUCGUCGAAGUACCUGUUGGAUGGAAAGAGGUAAAAGGGAGCAAGCUUAACGUGGUCUGGGAUAGCUUAGGCAUGGCUUGGGGACUUUUUGUUCUGCGAGCUGCCUGGCUACUGGGUAUCUACGAUACGGAUUGA